GGCCGGGCUCCUUCCGGCGGCGGCGGCGGAAGAGGCGGCGGUGGCGGCGAAGCCAUGGCGGACCCGCGGAGACCCGGCAAGGUGGCCAGGUACAAGCCGCCGGCCACCGAGACCAACCCGGCGCUGGAAGACCCGACCCCCGACUACAUGAACCUGCUGGGGAUGGUGUUCAGCAUGUGCGGGCUCAUGCUCAAGCUCAAGUGGUGUGCCUGGAUCGCCGUUUACUGCUCCUUCAUCAGCUUCGCCAACUCGCGCAGCUCCGAGGACACCAAGCAGAUGAUGAGCAGCUUCAUGCUCUCCAUCUCGGCCGUGGUCAUGUCGUACCUGCAGAACCCCCAGCCCAUGUCCCCGCCGUGGUGACGGGGAUGGGGGGUCCCCAUGGGUGGCAAUAAAAUGGGGGGGGGUCCUGGUA